AAAGUUGCUGAUGAAAUCAAGCAACCCAUUGCUACAGACCAGAGCAAUGGACACCCAGCAAUGUGGUAAUGCUAGCGUUGGACUUUCUGACUUUAGCAAAGUGUUAAAUCUAUUGGAGAAAAAAGUACAGAGCUACAAGCAUUUGCAGUGACAAAGGUUGAGCUUUGUAGCUUAUUUAGAUCUUGGAGUGGUGCCACGUGGACUUCGGAUUCUAAAGAUGCCGUCACACGGUAAUACAUAUCAAGAUCUUUUAGUACAGUGGCAACAACUGAAUCUUGAGCUCAGCAUUGGCUAUAUGAAGCUAAUGAACAAAUUUUUUGAAAAGAUAGAAUCUGAUUUAAUGGAUGAAACAGAAAAAAUUGAGAAAGAAGUGUCUGAACUUUUAACAACAGAUGCUAUGAAUGAAAAGUAUCAAGCAUUUAUAAAUCGCAUCCAAGUAUUAGAUAUUAAACUAGAAAUGCAAAAGAAACAUAAAUUACAACGUGACUUAGAUGAUUUUAAAAAUGGACAUAUCUUUCAUUGGCCUAAAGCAGUUUUUAAAAAGGAAUUUAGUCAACGAAAGGUAGAUAGCGCAGUAAAUUCAUCACGUAAAGUGAAACCUGUUAAUAAACUUUUAGAUGAGCUUGAUAACUUCGAAUUGCCAGUAACGCCAGGACUAGCUGUAGCAGCAGCCAAUCAGCAAGUGAGUGCGACUGAGGCGUUAACCUUUGCUUCCGUAGUGACAAGUCAGUCUGAGCAAGGUCAGUUAAGGGGAAAGGAGUGUGAUGUGGAGCAGCCUUUAAAUGGCGUUCCUGCUAUGGGCAUGGAUGAUAAUGCCUUAGGAGGUCAGAAGCAACCAACAGCCUCUGUGUCGGAAGGGAAGGAGAAACGUAAACAAACCGAAAUUUCCUCUUUUUUGCCCUUUCGCCUAAAACAACCGGAGAAGGUUGUGUUACAGCAAAGAAGGCAACAGGAAUCCAUAGAUCAAAAAACUCCACAACGCCAAACGCAAGUACUGAAAAGGAAAAACGAGAGCCCCAAGCAGCCCAGCAAGGCGCCGAGGUGCUAAGAACUUGUCGUUUACUGAAAGGGCAGUUUUAAGAGAAGAAAAAGCUGAAGUAUUUUCACUUUCAGGAGGAGGUACUCCUGCAUAUGACGGUGGAAGUUAAUACAAUAAAAAGGAGAAAAACGAAAAAGAAAAAAAAAAAACAUAAAGGUUGGAGCCAUAUGACAUUUAAAUUUUGAAGAGACACAACAAUUCAUGUUGCUGCUGUCUGACAAGGGACUGUAAAUGAGAAGUUAUUUUCAUGUGUAACAUUUCUAACAGACAUGCAUCACCCAGCAACAACGUGUGUCAGUAGGAAAAAGAAGCAUCAUUUCCGGUGUAUUGAAGAGUUCGGUUUUUGGCUACACAAAGCUUGCCCAUUGGAGAAACAAUGAAGUUUUCUGAGUACCAGAUAGUGUUUUUCGGAUUAACUUAUGCAGUUGCUGCUUAUGGCCCAAACCAACGGGCACAGAAAAAAGGCGACAUCAUACUUGGAGGACUGUUUCCAAUUCACUUUGGAGUUGCAGCCAAAGAUCAGGAUUUAAAAUCUAGGCCAGAAUCCACAGAAUGUAUAAGGUAUAACUACAGAGGGUUUCGCUGGUUGCAAGCAAUGAUAUUCGCAAUCGAGGAAAUAAAUAACAGUGCAACACUCUUACCAAAUGUGACUUUGGGGUACAGAAUAUUUGAUACCUGCAAUACUGUAUCUAAGGCUUUGGAAGCCACCCUGAGUUUUGUAGCACAGAAUAAGAUUGACUCCCUGAACUUAGAUGAAUUCUGUAAUUGCUCUGAACAUAUUCCGUCAACAAUAGCAGUAGUGGGAGCCACAGGAUCAGGGAUUUCCUCUGCAGUAGCAAAUCUUCUUGGACUAUUUUACAUCCCCCAGGUUAGUUAUGCAUCUUCCAGCAGACUUCUCAGCAAUAAAAAUCAGUUUAAGUCUUUUCUUCGUACCAUCCCAAAUGAUGAGCAUCAGGCUACUGCUAUGGCUGACAUAAUUGAUUACUUCCGAUGGAACUGGGUUGGAACAAUAGCAGCAGAUGAUGACUAUGGACGCCCUGGCAUUGAAAAGUUCAGAGAAGAAGCAGAGGAACGAGACAUCUGUAUUGACUUCAGUGAACUUAUCUCCCAAUAUUCUUAUAAAGAAGAAAUUCAACAUGUGGUUGAGGUUAUUCAAAAUUCAACAGCUCGAGUCAUUGUUGCAUUUUCUAGUGGUCCAGAUUUGGAACCUCUGAUUAAAGAAAUUAUCAGACAUAACAUAACGGGAAGGAUAUGGUUAGCAAGUGAGGCAUGGGCUACCUCCUCUCUAAUAGCUAUACCAGAAUUUUUCCAUGUUGUUGGUGGUAUUAUAGGAGUUGCUUUGUGGUCUGGUAACAUACCUGGCUUGCAUGACUUCUUGCAAACUGUGCAUCCCAAGCAAUCAUCUAGCAAUGGUUUUGUUAAAGAGUUCUGGGAAGAGACCUUUAACUGUUAUCUCACAGGGGAGCAGGUUACUUCUAAAGCUUCAGUAGUCUCUAAUAAAAAUGAGGAGCAGAAUUCACAAACUCCGAGCAACAGAACAUUUCGUCCUCCUUGCACUGGUGAAGAGAACAUCACAAGUGUAGACACUCCAUAUCUCAGCUAUACCCACUUACGCAUUACCUAUAAUGUCUAUUUGGCCGUGUACUGCAUAGCAUAUGCCUUGCAGGAUAUCUAUACCUGUACAACAGGGAAAGGCCUCUUUACAAAUGGAUCAUGUGCAGACAUUAAGAAAGUUGAAGCAUGGCAGGUACUAAAGCAUUUGCGUCACCUGAAUUUCACUAACAGUAUUGGAAAGGAGGUAGAUUUUGAUGAAUUUGGAGAUAUCAUUGGAAAUUAUACAAUCAUAAAUUGGCAUCACUCUCUUGAAGAUGGCUCUGUUCUAUUUGAAGAAGUUGGACAUUACAAUGUAUAUGCAAAGAAAGGAGAGCGACUUUUCAUAAAUGAAAAGAAAAUACUUUGGAAUGGAUUUUCUACUGAGAAUUCAGAUCUCCCUAUAUUUUGGUAG